AUGUUUAUACCUAGCGUUGUUUGGCGAUGGUUGAGAGAGAGAGUGAAAUUAAAGGAAAAGGCAGCGUCUGGAUUUCUCCUACAACCAAACCAACAAACCAACCUCCUAAUUCAAAGCGCUCUCUCGCGCGUUCCCGGAGACGCCGUCGUGUUGGCCCUGCCGGCGGCGCCUCCGCCUCUCCCCACGAUGGCCACCGACAAGGAGAAGUCCUUCGCGUUCUCGCUCCCCGUCAGCGUCGUCGUUUUGGCCAUCGGGUACAUUUACGUCUCCACUGUGUUCGUCUUCAUCGACCGCUGGCUCGGCCUCUUCUCCUCCCCGGGCAUCAUGAACGCCGCCGUCUUCACCGCGCUCGCCUUCGUCUGCGGCAUCACCUACCGCGCCGCCAUCUCCACGGAUCCGGGUCGCGUUCCCGCCACCUACAUGCCCGACGUCGAAGACGCCGAGAGUCCCAUCCACGAGAUCAAACGCAAGGGUGGAGAUUUGCGAUAUUGCCAAAAGUGUUCUCACUAUAAGCCUCCUCGUGCACAUCACUGCAGGGUUUGUAAAAGAUGUGUUCUACGAAUGGAUCAUCACUGCAUUUGGAUAAAUAACUGCGUGGGUCAUGCAAAUUAUAAAGUCUUCUUCAUUUUUGUCUUGUACGCUGUAAUUUGCUGCAUCUACUCCCUGGUCUUACUAGUGGGUAGUCUAGCAUAUGAUGGCAUACAGGAUGAAGAAAAAAUUGGAAGAAGCUCUUUCCGAACUGUAUAUGUUGUUUCUGGGCUGUUGCUGGUGCCCUUAUCCAUAGCAUUAUGUGUGCUUUUAGGGUGGCAUAUCUAUUUUGUCCUACAUAACAAGACCACAAUAGAGUAUCAUGAAGGAGUGAGAGCUUUAUGGCUUGCAGAUAAAGGUGGGAGUGUCUACAAACAUCCAUACGAUCUUGGACCAUAUGAGAAUUUGACAUCUGUUUUGGGACCGAAUAUUCUUAACUGGCUGUGGCCUUCUGCAAACCAUAUAGGUUCCGGACUGAAGUACCGCACCAUCUUUGAUCUCCAAAAAGGUUCAACAUCCAAAUGA